UUAUGAUUGAACACACGUUGACAUCGGUCGUACAGCCUUGCUAUUUUAUGAUUUCAAGUGUAUAUUAAUCUGAGAGUCUACAAUGAGACCUUCGACCUGAUCAUACGCCGCCGACACUCAUCAGUUAUCACUUAUCAAGUAUAGGUACGAGGUACGACUCGUCCGUCAGUCCAUCAGUUUAACGCCGUGAUCACAACCGAUAGGCUGCGUUCUCCUCUGUCAAAUAUUUCCGUUGUUCAUUUCGUUUACCGAUCGGAACAUUAAAAAUGGAUUAUCGUUUACUGCUGGUCACGUUAAUGAUCGCAGUGUGCUGUUGCUGCGGAUUGCCGAAUAUCACACGUCCGUACAACAUUUUGGUGUUUUUACCAACCGAGACCAAAAGCCAUUUUAUCGGGUUCAAACCUUUGCUAGAGACGUUAGUGACCAGAGGACACAACGUGACACUAGUCUCACCAUUCGGGCUUGGUUCUGGUGGGACGCCAUUGCCGAAAUACACUCACGUCAAAGUGGAAAUCACCGAGAAUGUAGCAGGUACCAUGGACUUCCUUGACAGAAACUCGCUGAUUAACAGACUUCCGCUUUACAUGGUCCAGUUAUGGCUGGGUCCGAUGAUAACUAAGAACGCGGUGGACAAGAAGUCGGUAAGGGACUUCGUCCUCGGUGACCAGUCUACGUUUGAUGUGGUGGUGGUUGAGAACUUCUUCCACGAGUGUUUCGUGACGCUUGGCCAUAAGUAUGGAGUACCUGUGGUGCAGCUGCUGCCGUUUGCCUCCAACCCCAGGGUGUCGCAGUGGCAUGGCAACCCGUAUGGGUUAGCGUACAUGGCUGACUUCGUAGCCGGUUACGUGGCACCGAUGACGUUCCCACAGCGUGUGCAGAAUGCCGUCGCCGCCUUGUUCAAUACGUGGGUUAAUAGGUUGCUGUAUAUGCCUCAACAGCGGGCCAUCAUGGAUGAGCAUUUUGCGUACGCAGGCCACGAGGAUCGGCCUGACCUUGACAUGAUGCUCCGGAAUGUAUCACUUACGUUGGUAAAUAGCCAUCCUCUGAUCGGGCCAGCUGCGCCGUACGUGCCCAGCUAUAUACAAGUGGCUGGCAUGCACAUGAAGCCGGCAGGACCACUGCCCAUGGAUCUAAAAAUAAUUUUGGACUCAGCUAAACACGGAGUGAUCUACUUUAGUUUGGGUUCGGUGGUCAAAUCAUCGAAAAUGCCUCGAGAAAUUGUAUCGUUCUUGUUGUCAGAACUGGCCAAGUUGAAGCAAAUGGUUCUAUGGAAAUGGGAAGAUGAUCAGCUGCCUGACCUACCGAAAAACGUCAUGGUCAAAAAAUGGUUCCCGCAAAACGACAUUUUGGGCCAUCCUAACUGCCGGCUGUUCAUUACGCAUGGAGGCAUACUUAGCCUGAUCGAGGCCAUUUACCACGGAGUGCCUAUGUUAUCUAUACCGGUAUUCGGCGACCAGACUCACAAUUCAAUCGAAGCUGAGAGCAGAGGAUUCGCUUUGUACGUGUCCUACUUCGAACUGACAGCUGAGAUUUUUGGAUCAAAACUCCGACAGAUUUUGCGAGACCCUAGAUACGGCGAGGCGGUCGCGAAGGCGUCGUCUAUAAUGCGUGACAACCCGACGUCCACCAUAGACAAGGCCGUCUUUUGGAUUGAGUUUGUCGUCCGACACGGAGGAGCACCACACCUGCGCACAGUCGCCAAUCAACUCUACUGGUUUCAAUACUACAUGUUGGACGUGAUCGCCGCCACCAUGGCCGCGUUGGCUGUAGUUUCAUAUCUCAAUUUUAAGUGUUUAUCUUACUUGCUGAAGAAAAUCUCUGGCGGCUCCAAACGCUCCGCUUCAAAAGUAUCUAAACUCAAUAAGAAGAAACAAUGAAGAUAAAUUUUAAACUGUUAUCAUUGAUUAUAAAUACUAUAAUAUAUUAUAAUAUUAUAUUUAAAAUCAAUGUUGUUAUAUAUCAUGAUAUUUAUGUGGCUGAGCAGCGCCGCGCAGUAGGUAGCAGCGUCUUGUGUUCAAGUUUUUAAUGAAAUAUUAUUUUCUAUUGACCGUUUAUACAUUUAUAUAAUAUAAGUUUUAUUAUAUUUUAUAUACAUAUACAUACGUGUUUGAACGAAUACAGGUUAUUGUAACUCUUCAGUGAUUCGUUCAGCUGUUAACCAAAGUGUUAAGUUAUUACCUCUUGUUAUUGUCCAUGUAAUUAUCAUUAAAUUUUAAUAUCGAAAAGUAAAAUAAAGUCAGUAAGUUAAUAUUGCAUUAUA